GCCAUAUUUGAGGUCCAUUUAAUAAUAACUUCCGACUAGAAACUAGUUUGAAACUGGAACUAGUAAGCUGGGGGGGGGCGCCAAAAUUGUAACACUAAAUCACGGACCACAUCACGGAGCUGUCACUGUUUAAAGUAACUGAAAAAUCCAAACAAAUAGUAAGAUGGGAGAGGUGUCUGCAGAAGCCGUCACCCUGGAUCUGCUGAGAGGAGCCAGCGAGACAGUGAGGAGCAGCCCGCUGGGUGUCAUCAACACUCCCAUGAUCCCCUGGUGCCAGACAACCCUGCCUCUCAACAUCCACUGCAACAUCCACAUCAAGCUGGAGAACAUGCAGAGAACUGGGUCGUUUAAGAUCAGAGGAGUGGCCAAUCAGUUUGCCAGGAGGCAGAAGGAUGGUCAUUUUGUGACCCUGUCUGCUGGGAACUAUGGGAAGUCUUUUGCGUAUGCCUCAAAACACUAUGGGUUAAAGAGCAAGGUGGUGAUGCCAGACACUGCCCCAGUGUCCAGAUCCAUCCUCAUACAGAGUUUGGGGGUAGAGGUAGAGCGAGUUCCCAACUCUAGUCUGAUGAAUGUUGUGAACCGCUGCGUUCAGGAGGACAACAUGACCCUCCUGCACCCCUAUGAUGACCUGGAUCUGAUAGCAGGACACGCCAGCCUAGGUAUGGAGGUGCUAGCAUUGGUGCCCGAGCCUGAUGUGGUGGUGGUGUGCUGUGGUGGAGGGGGGUUGCUGGCCGGUGUAGCUUCUGCCAUCAAACUGUCAGGCUGUGAUAAAACCAGAAUCUACGGUGUGGAACCAGAAGGAGCCUGCACCAUGUACAAAAGUUUCAUUGAGAAGAAGCCGGUGAGCAUGGACACCAAGAGCAUCGCAUCAGGACUUGCACCACCUUUUGCAGGCACACUGACCUUCAAGUUGUGUCAGCGUUACGUGGAGGGGAUCGUCCUUAUAAAUGAUGCAGAGAUCAAGGCAGCGGUGUCCACCCUCUACAAGUCUGGACUCGUGGUGGAGCCGUCAGGAACCGCUGCGUUCGCUGCCAUCGUUAACGACAAGAUACCCGAGCUGGAGGGGAAGAAUGUGGUGUGCAUCCUCAGCGGAGGGAACAUUGGGAAAGACGAGCUCGCUAACUUUCUAGACUGACAAAUGCACACAACUAUAAUGUGACUAGGUCUUACAAGAAGAUGAACAACUUUUCAGGUCUUCAGAUUUAGCAUCCCUAUACUGGCGAUAAAAACUGGUCAUUCAAGGUGAUUUAAUGGAAAAAGGCCUAACUGUUUUAGAUAACCAGUACAUUUAAUAUUCUUGUCUUCUAACAGGGUUUGACUUAAAUUUGGCCCGACUCUGAAUCUUUCAUGUCAGUGUUGUGGAUACCAGAUGCAUUUUAAAAACAGAUCCUCUUGAGAUCAAGCUAAUAUUUGGCCCAGAGCAUUUUGGAUUCAUUAUUCACCAACUUACUUUACAUCACUGUCCCCCCGCUGUCAAAAAGCCUAGAGCCGAUCUUCAACUUUCAUACAAAAAUAAUUGUCAUCAAAAAGGUUCAAAGAAAUACUGAGAGGCAUGAGAAGUUACCAUAGGAACUCGGGAUGAUGCUAAAUAAAGUGUUAUGACUUC